CUGAACAGACCCAUCCGAAAGCGCUUACAAAGGGUAGAGGCGAGGCGUUUCAUCGAUACCUACCAAGCGAACCAGUCUCACGACGGUUCGCUGUUGAGGCUCGCGCAGUUGGACUUCAACAUCGUCCAGCAGCAGCAUCAGGAGGAGCUACGUGGGAUCCAGGAGUGGUGGGGAAGUUUGGACGUGACGACCAACUUUCCGUAUGCGCGAGACAGAAUUGUGGAGUGUUACUUUUGGAUCAUGGGAGUGUACUUCGAGCCUAAGUAUCGCCUGGCUAGGAGGUUGCUCACCAAGUUCAUAGCAAUCAUGUCUCUAACGGACGAUACUUACGAUAACUAUGCUACGGCUGAACAGCUGGAAGUUCUCACACAGGCAAUUGAGAGGUGGGACAUCAAUCUCAUAAGUGGACUUCCAGGGUCCAUCAAGAUGCUCUAUGGCUUAUUUGUGUACAUUUUCGAUGAAUUCGAACAGGCGGUUUCAGGAGAAGGAAGGUCUUUCGGUGUACGCUACGUUAAAAGAGAACUAGACAAUGCCCUCAAGGCGUUCCUAAUGGAGGCCAGGUGGAGGGAUGCAAACUACUUCCCGAAGCUAGAAGAGUACAUGCAAGUUUCACUGGGAAGCACCUGCUAUUCCUUGCUCGCUGCGGUUUCCUUCAUCGGCAUGGCUGGAGCCGACGCCGCCACAGAAGAGGCCUUUCAGUGGAUCUCCGGUGAACCUCAGAUGCUCGUCGCCUCCUCAACCGUCUGCAGGCUAAUGGAUGACAUCCAUCCAGAGUAUCGCCGGAACCUAGCUAUGUCGUCUGUGCCACAGUUGAUCGCCUCUGCGGGAGCUCCUAAACAAGGAACAGCACCGCCGGCGUUUGGGCCUGCGGCUGCGGCUGCUACUUAUCUUCCCACUUUGUGGGUUGAUCAUGAUUUCCUCACCCUCAAGUGUGAGCAUGCAUCAACGGUUGAACUUCAACAUGAAGAGUUGAAAAAACAAGUAAGAAAGAUGUUGAACUCUACUGCUGCAACAGUCGAUCAAGCUUGUCAGAAAUUGCGAUUAAUUGACGCUGUUCAGCGCUUAGGUCUGGGUUACCACUUCGAGAGUGAGAUCGAAGCUGAGUUAUCGAACAUGAUGAUGUCGUCGUCUCCCGUUUCCGAAUCCGUUGCUAAUGAUCUCAACUCAGCUGCCCUCUGGUUCCGUCUCCUCAGACAACAGGGCUUUCAUCAUUUCAAGGAUGGAGAAGGGAACUUCAAGUCCUCAUGGGUCUCUGACGUGCCAGCAAUGCUGAGCUUGUACGAAGCAUCGUUUUUGGCCAUACCGGGAGAAGAUGUCUUGGACCAGGCACUGGCCUUCACUACCCAAAACCUAAUCGGCUCAUCAUCAUCAUCGGCGGCGGAGAUUACGAGCUCGACGAAGCUGGCAGAAGAAGUAAGCUUUGCCCUGAACAGACCCAUCCGAAAGCGCUUACAAAGGGUAGAGGCGAGGCGUUUCAUCGAUACCUACCAAGCGAACCAGUCUCACGACGGUUCGCUGUUGAGGCUCGCGCAGUUGGACUUCAACAUCGUCCAGCAGCAGCAUCAGGAGGAGCUACGUGGGAUCCAGGAGUGGUGGGGAAGUUUGGACGUGACGACCAACUUUCCGUAUGCGCGAGACAGAAUUGUGGAGUGUUACUUUUGGAUCAUGGGAGUGUACUUCGAGCCUAAGUAUCGCCUGGCUAGGAGGCUGCUCACCAAGUUCAUAGCAAUCAUGUCUCUAACGGACGAUACUUACGAUAACUAUGCUACGGCUGAACAGCUGGAAGUUCUCACACAGGCAAUUGAGAGGUGGGACAUCAAUCUCAUAAGUGGACUUCCAGGGUCCAUCAAGAUGCUCUAUGGCUUAUUUGUGUACAUUUUCGAUGAAUUCGAACAGGCGGUUUCAGGAGAAGGAAGGUCUUUCGGUGUACGCUACGUUAAAAGAGAACUAGACAAUGCCCUCAAGGCGUUCCUAAUGGAGGCCAGGUGGAGGGAUGCAAACUACUUCCCGAAGCUAGAAGAGUACAUGCAAGUUUCACUGGGAAGCACCUGCUAUUCCUUGCUCGCUGCGGUUUCCUUCAUCGGCAUGGCUGGAGCCGACGCCGCCACAGAAGAGGCCUUUCAGUGGAUCUCCGGUGAACCUCAGAUGCUCGUCGCCUCCUCAACCGUCUGCAGGCUAAUGGAUGACAUCUUGGAGCAAGAAAGGAAUCACAUCCCGUCGGCCAUCGAAUGUUACAUGGAGAAACACAAGGUGGCGGAGGAGGCGGUGGUGGUGGAGCUUUUCAGGGAGCGAGUUGCUGAUGCGUGGAAGGACAUAAACAAGGAGUUCAUGAGGCCGACGGCGGUGGCUGCGCCGCUGCUGGAUCGGAUUCUGAACUUGACGAGGGCGAUUGAUGUGAUCUACAAGGACGCUGACACCUACACCGACUCAUAUUUGCUCAAGGACCAUGUCGUCUCCAUCCUCAAGGAACCCGUCCGUCUCCAUUAGUGUCUGAGGAGCAUGCAUGU